GCAAUACUUGAUCAAGCCAAAAAACAAGAACAAAAAAAGAAUGAUCAGGAAGCAUUAAAUUUAUACACAGAAGCAGCUGAAUUGUAUAUGGAAGCAAGAAUUGUGAAUCCAGUACCAAUGCGAUCAAAACUUACUACAAAAGAAAAAGAAAUACUUAAAAAAAAUUCAUGCAUUAAUGGAAAGAAAUAUUUACCAUGGAAUGAAAUUGAUUUAAAAGAAAUAUUUACAUAUGAUAAACCAUUUUUGUAUAGAUCAAAAUUUGGUGCAUGGAAACGUCCUUCAUUAAUUAUGAAUCGUCCAAGAAUGAUUACAAUGAUUUCUAGUACUACUAUUCGACAAGAUAUUGUUUCUGAUUGUUCAUUCGUGGCUUCUCUUUGCGUCAGUGCAGCUUAUGAAAGAAAACAUAAAAAACAGUUAAUAACGAGAUGUAUUUUUCCACAAAAUGAAGUGGGUCAACCAAAAUAUAAUCCAAGUGGAAAAUAUGUUAUUCAACUUAUAUGUAAUGGAAUUGCAAGAAAAGAUGGAAUUUUGAUGUGUACAUUUUCUUCUAAUAAAGAUGAAUUGUGGCCUAGUAUUAUUGAGAAAGCUUGA